CGGAAGCGCCCUGGAGCGGGGAGGGUGGCGCGAGAGGCGCGAGCCGGGCUGCAGGCAGGGUGGUCCUCCGGCAGAGUUGUCGCUAGAGGACCGAAAGUUUUCGCUCGCGGCCCUUCGAGGUGUGGCUCCCUCGCCCGGUCCCCGUCGCCCGCGCGGAGGCGCCCCCACGGGAGGCUCCGCGGCUCAGCACCGUGGAGCGGGGCAGAUGGGCUCGCUCCUCCCUACGACCCCUCCACGCAGGGAGGGGACCUGGCGCCCCGCUGUCCCGGCCGCCACACCCUUCACUUCUCUCCUGACGCUAGUCCCCGGACCCUGGAGCAUCCAGAAGGAGGCUCUGGGAACUGGGGCCGCGGCUGCGUCGACCUGGCGCCUUGCAGAAUUUUCAACAUUCUGGAUUUUGCUGAUCGCAUCCUCAAGAUAUUGUCUACCUCUAUUACUAGUAGAUCCUGAAAACUGGUAGUUAUACCUGGAGUCAUCAUUGUAGUCGUAUUAAAGACUUCAAGGACUGACAAUUUCUAUGGAUGACAUCUUACCUGAAUGAGUAAGGUGGAUCUCAAACUCUUCUGAGGCAAUGAAAGAGAGGAUAACUAUUUUGCGAUAAUGUCAAGUCUAGUCCCUGUUCACUUAAAAAAAAAAAAAAAUGUCUGCCUGAAAACCAUCCUUAGCUCCAUCGUGAUUGUCAGCGCCAGUGGGUUGGACCUCCCCUCUGUACACGACAUUGAACGAGGACAGGUGGAAAGACAUGAACUUGGAAGUCAGACCGUCCUGGACUUGAGUUCUGACUUUGUCUUUGUUUACCAUCUCCUCGUGGAAGUGAGAGAUAGCCUAGGCCUCAAGGCCUCCACAGAGCUCCACGUGAACAUUGUGAACAUCAAUGAUGAAACCCCUCGUUUUACCAGCUCAAAGCGAGUGUAUAGAAUUCCUGAGGAGCUGAGUCCAGGAACCAUUGUGGCCAAUAUCACAGCUGAGGACCCGGAUGACAAAGCUUUUACCAACAUCCUCCUCUACAGCAUCACUACUGUUAACAGAUAUUUCAUGAUCAAUCAGAUGACUGGUACCAUCCACGUGGCUCACAGGCUAGACCGAGAUGCAGGUGAAUUAAGACAACAUCCUGCCAUUACCUUGGAAGUUCUGGUGAAGGAUAGACCCUUUGGGGGUCAGGAGAAUCGUAUACAGAUAACCUUCCUUGUAGAAGACAUCAACGACAACCCUUCUGCUUGCACCAAGUUCACAUUCAGCAUUACGGUGCCUGAAAAAGCAGCCAAGGGGAAGAUACUUCUGGAUCUGCACAAGUUCUGCUUUGAUGAUGACAGUGAAGCACCAAACAACCAAUUCAACUUCACCACGCCAUCUGGAGUGGGGAGCAGUGGCAGAUUUUUACAGGAUCCAGCUGGCUCUGGGAAAAUUGUGUUGAUUGGUGAUCUAGAUUAUGAAAAUCCAAGUAAUCUAGCAGUCGGCAAUGAAUACACCGUGAUAAUCCAGGUGCAGGAUGUUGCUCCUCCUUUCUACAGAAAUAACAUCCACAUUUAUAUCCUAACAAGCCCUGAAAAUGAGUUUCCUCUUGUCUUUGAUAGGCCAUCCUAUGUAUUUGAAGUGUCCGAAUUAAGCCCAGCUCAAACCCGGAUUGGACAGGUGCAAGCAACUGAUGAAGACUUCCCCCAGACCAGCGUUGUGUACUCCAUCUCUACCGGAGGGGCCAACCCCCAGUACCCAAACAUUUUUUGGAUUAAUCCCCAAACAGGAGAGCUCCAGCUGGUGACUAACGUGGAUUAUGAGACGACCCCCAUCCAUGGUCUCAGAAUCCAGGCCACCAACAGCUAUGACACAAGUUCAGUCAAUGUGACUGUGAAGAUCCUUGAAGCAAACGACGAAAAGCCAGUUUGUACCCCACAUUCUUCAUUCCUGACCAUCCCAGUGGAUCUGAAAGUUGGCACAAAUAUUCAUAAUUUCAAGUUGACAUGUACGGACCUUGAUUCCAGCCCCCGGUCUUUUCGUUACUACAUUGGCCCAGGCAACGUGAACAGUCAUUUCACCUUUUCUCCCAGCGCUGGGUCCAAUGUCACACGGCUGUUCCUUGCAACUCGCUUUGACUACCCUGGUGGGCUUGAUAAGAUCUGGGACUACAAACUACUUGUCUACAUAACUGAUGACAACUUGCUGUCGGGCAGGAAGAAAGCUGAGGCUCUUGUUGAAACAGGGACAGUGACACUGAGUAUUAGUGUUAUUCCUCACCCUACCACGAUUGUCACCACGACCCCCGGGCCCAGGAUCACCUACCAGAUCCUGAAGGAAAAUGUUUAUUCUCCAUCGGCCUGGUAUGUGACUUUCAUCAUCACAUUGGGCUCCAUAUUGCUGCUGAGUCUCCUGGUGACCCUGAUCAUCCUGGUGGCCAAAGCCGUCCACAGACACUGCCCCUGCAAGCCCGGGAAGCACAAAAAGCCUCUGGUGAAGAAAGGAGGAAUGAAGAAUACAAGGAGAGAGGCUGUGUUGGAAACAAUCCAGAUGAACACCAUCUUUGAUGGCGAAGCCAUAGACCCAGUUACUGGGGCACUCUAUGUAUUCAACUCAAAAACCGGAGUCAGGAAGUGGAAAGAUCCAUUAACCCAGAUGCCAAAAUGGAAAGCGUCCAGUCCCCAACGAGCUGCUCCAAGUGAAGCUGUCCCUGGGGAAGGGACCUGGCUACCGUGGAGCACUGGCCAGGAAGGAGGUGUGCUGAGCCACAGAACACAGGCUGCAGAUGCAGGCCCAGGCUUUGGGAACCAGGAUGACAAGCCGGGAAUCCCAAGGAACUGAAAUGCAGCCCUCCCAAGCAGGGCCUGCCCCAGGCCACACAGAGGACAGUAAGUGGUGGUAUCUUGUUGCUAGCCUUCAGUGCAGCACAGGGGAGGAGGCUUUGCAUUCAAUCAGUGCUGCCUCCACCUUAACUCUGUAAGGGACUGGGGUGAGGAAACCGGAAGGGUCAAAACUGUGGGCUGAAGGGCCUUGGGGACCUGGAUCUCAAGUGGGAUGUUUGACAGACUUUGAAACAAACAGAAAGAGGUUGAUCACACAUUUGCCUUUUUCUGAAAUGACACAAGAAAUUAGGUCUCUUAGGGUCUCUGUGCUUCUGAUCCACUGGCCCUGGCCCUGUGUUUCUUCUUUACAUUGGCUGGUAGGAAGCUCCCCAUUCAGUUCACCUUGCGGAAGUGCAUGUAAAUGUAAAGGAUUAGAUUUGCAUGUGGGUUCAUCUUAUUUUCCUACCUUCAGUUCAGCAGCAGCUAGAAUUCUUGUAAAGUUCAACACUGCAUACCUUUGGUAAGUCGCCUCAAUCUUUUUCAAAAGAAGCAGAGCCAUGAAACAAGGGAUGAAUGAGUUGUUCAUCUGGAAGAAAACAGUAGGUACUUUCUUUAAAUUACUUUUUAUUGUUGUACCACCUAUUCAAUAAAGUGUAUGGGCCUAAAAUAGUCUAUGGUAACAUAGACUCCUCCCACAGACAAUAACUGUUCUGAUCCUCAGCAGAGAUGAACUUGGCCUUUUCCCAAAUCUCAUGGUUCCACUUACAUGUGCUGUGGUCUGGCUUCUCCUGCUCAGUGUCCUAUCUGCUGUACUGUAGAUCAGUAGGCCAAUGUCUCCUGUGUGUCUUCUUCCAUUGUAAAAAUAUAUACGACUGUUUAUUUAUUCACUCUACCCUUCAGUGGCUUCGUCACAUUUUUUGUUACAGCAAGCUACAGCACCAUGAACUUGUGGGUGUCUUGGGAUGAGCAUAAACACUUGUUUCUUCUGAGCAUAUUCCUAGGAGUGGAAUUGCCCAAGCCAUUGCUGGAGUCUGUUGAGAAUUCCAAAGUUGGUAAUGCCAAUGUACGCUUCCACCGGCACUGGCAAUAAUGUCGUGUUCUGAUACUUUAUAUCAACUCUUCGUAUUACAGUCCCUUUAAUUUUAGUCAUCCUGAUUAAAAUUUCUCUUGAAAUGAAAUCACUCUUUAUUCCUCAAAGCUAAAGCAACAUUAACCUCCCUGGCCUGCCUUCCUGUGGUUGAAAGCAACCACAGGGCUCAGUAGAGACACAAAGGGAAGCUCUAUUCACCCAUAUGACUGGGAUUCCCCUGUGGGUGUGAGCCACAAGCUGAAAGUAAAGGAUACCAUGAUGAAACGGAAGUGGAACGUUUCAGAGUGUGCCCAGUGGAGACUAAGCAAGCUUGACUUCAGCUCUGUGUCCUGCUCCCCAGCUGCUGUGACCCAACAACUACAAAAAAACCACCAGAAGAGAGUCUACCAGAGCAGCACCCCUCCCCAGUUGGGGAGCCAGAUGAGGACAUCCUGAGCCCACAGUGACCUGUGGGAGGCAGGCAGAAUCCAUCCUGCAAAUCCAGAACUUCAGAGAGAACAGCUGCUGGUUUAUUGUGUGCAUAUGUGUGACUUCUCAACAAAAGAAACAUUUUAAAAAUGCCCUGUCCUGGCCUUGAUCAGGCGUGAUUUAUUAAUAAGGGUUGGUUGCCAGGGAACUCCCUUGAAUAGCUUUAAAUUUUGCAAAAGUAGGCAGAGCUGUUCAUUUGUGGAGGUUAAAGUGGGUGAAGUGGCUGAUUACCCAUUUAAGACUCCAGGAGUCUGUGGAACCCCCAGUAAAAUGCCUUCCCCAGAAGCGCUCGGCCUCAAUGCAAGUACAAUGAGGCCCAGAGAAGGCUGAAGGGGGGACCUAAUAGCUGUUUAUGAGCCCAUUAAGGAUGAUUAAAAGGAGGGCACCGAGCAGCUGUUCUCUCGUCUACUGCGAUGGCAGGGCAAGGGGGAUGGCGCUUCAAGGCCAGAGAGAUUUAAGUUAGGCACAGGGAGGGACUUCCUGAAGGUGGAGUCUGUGUGAAGAGCUGUUUCUUCCCUGGCGAUGGCAGAGGAACUACUUGUCUUCCAAGCCUCAAGAUGUGAGUCCCGAGGAACCCAAGACAUGGGGUCAGGUCUGGCCUGAGCAGCAGGACCCUGCCCUCCCUCACCCCACUCCCCUGCAGGUUUGGUUGAUUGAGUCUGAGGUCUCACAUUUGCUAAGUUGGAAGCCAAGAACCACGAUAAAUCUUGUACAAGUUUUCUCACACGUCUCUCCCCAGGCUUUAAACACCUAUGCCCCUAUUACAACCAACGUUUACUUGCCCGGUUCUGAGUAAGACACGAAGGCCAUUAGGACAGGAAGGGAUGCCUAAUUGUUGAGCGAUUGAAAGCCACGCGGUGAGUUCUGAAGGCCGGCUUCCCACUGUGCUUAAGCAGGGUCAGCAUCUGCGCUGCUUGUGUCAGGGGCGGGUGUGUCUCGUGAGCAGAAACUGCACAAGGACACCUGCAAGUUUAUAGUUCUGUCACUUGCCUUUUUAUGUGUUGUGGUGACUGAGAAAACUAAAGCAACAGAAUAA